AUGACAAGCCCAUCUGAGCCACCACGGAGGGCACAUCGCCACGAUCUCGCCAAAGAGACCAAGUCACUUAUUCCGAGUAUCAUGGGGCCCAUUGAGAUGUCGAGAUAUUCAGUGAAAUACCCAAACCUUCUAUCACCACUUUGGCUCGUCCCAGGGGUGUCAAAGCCAAAAAUCACGGUACACAACCUGGAUUCCUUUACCGCUGCCAAGAACAUCCUCGAUGCAAAUCCACUUGCCAAGGUCGCUGUUCACAACAUGGCGAGCGAGAGACAUGCUGGGGGAGGAUGGUUAAAGGGUGCCUUGGCUCAAGAAGAGGCUCUCUGUCUUCGCAGCACUUUGAGUGCGACUUUGCAUAGACACUAUUAUCCUCUUUCGACAUUUGCAGCAAUCUGGUCGCCUAAGGUGGCUGUCUUCAGGGAUGAAGUGGACUCAUGGUGUCGCAUCUAUCAACCUGAUGACAUCUUCAUCGUGGGCGUGGUUAGCCUAGCGGCUCUGCGAAGGCCACAGUUGAGUUCAGAAAAGGAUCAAUUUAAUCAUCCUGGAGAUAUCUUAGUAGUCAAGGACAAGAUUCGACAAGUUUUGCGGAUUAUGGGCCGAUUCAGGAUUACACAUUGUGUUUUGGGAGCGAUGGGUUGUGGUGCGUUCCAUAACCCUCCCAAGGAGGUAGCACGCAUUUACAAAGAAGUUUUGAAUGAGCCGGAGUGGCAUGGUUAUUUCGAGGAAAUAUCUUUUGCGGUUCUUGAUUCAAAAAGAGAGGGGAAUUUCCGCAUUUUCAAGGAUGCUUUGCAGAGCGAUGAGUGGUUUGCUGGUUCUUGA